GCCAUGUCAGCAGAUGCUCACGUGUUGACAACAGAGGAGAGGAAUCAAGUUAUACUCGACCUUAAAGCAGCAGGAUGGUCAGAUUUAAGAGAGAGAGAUGCAAUCUUCAAAAUUUUUAACCAAGCCUUUGGCUUUAUGUCCCGAGUUGCUCUACAAGCAGAGAAGAUGAAUCCUCACCCAGAAUGGUUCAAUGCCUACAACAAGGUCCAGAUAACUCUCACCUCGCAGGACUGUGGUCAGCUGACCAAAAGAGAUGUGAAACUGGCCAACUUUAUUGAAAAAGCAGCUGCUGCUUUGUGA